ACAAAAGCUGCCUUUUGCUGACAAAACUGUGUAAUGUUGACGAGGCCUUAGAAACCUUCAUUGAAUUUCCAGCCUAAACUUGCUGAUGGCCAGUUUAUAUCCAUUUGUUCUUGUGUCCACACUGGUGCUUAAUGUAAAUAACUCCUCUCCCUCCCUGGUAUUUAUCCCUCUGAUGUGUUUCGUAUCUCCCCUCAGCCUUCUUUGGGUUCGGCUAAACAAGCCAAGCUCUCUGAGUCUCUUCUUAUAAGGUGGGUUUUCCAUUCCUCAGAUCAUCCUAGUACCAGAACAUUUUAUUCAGAGUUAGGAACAUUUCAGUUAUGAACAACCUCCAUUCCCGAGGUGUUUGUAACUCUAGGUUCUACUAUAUUUUGCAUCCUGUUACUCUCCAGAUUUGUAAUAAACACAGAACCGCAAACCAGCCCUCCUCCCCGGGCACCCCACAACCCGCCUGUCCUUGUGUGUAACACCUGGGUGAGAUGGGAUCUCUGCUCUAACCACUAGACCCCACUCCCCUCCCAGAGCCAGGAUAGAGCCAAAGAGUCCUGGCUCCUAGCACCAACCCUGCUCUAACCACUGAACCCCACUCCCCUCCCAGAGCUGGGUUACAUUACUAGGUAGGUGCUGGGCAGGACGUAAUGGCGCCCCACGGGCCGCCCUCCAUUUGUUAAACUUUUGAAUACUUUAUUUUGUAUUGCAUCUGUAGCCCAUUUCAUGACUUUGAUGCAUGAUUUGCAUUCAUGAUUUAGCCCUGUCGUUUCAGAUGGUAAAUUUGCACACUAGGAGCUGUAAAUCUGUAUUUAUUCAUGCCAUAGAUAAGAAAAAUACCAAAAAAAAAUCAUUUCUUCUAAGCUUAUAGAAACGUUUUAAUUUUAAGCAUAACUGAAAUGUACUAAUGUCAGGGACUUGACCUGUGCCCCAACCAGCAUUAAAUCGUGUUACCGCAGGUGACAGCCUGAGCAUGUUACCCCUGGUCCUUUAGUUCAAAAAGUCGCUUUUCUCACCUUUGCCCACGUGAACUGAAGUGCAGCAUCCGAGAGGGAGCCAAAGACCGGCCAGUGGCAUUUUCAAGCGAUAAAACAGCCAGCGACGUCCGUCUCUCAUUGGCCAUCGGCGAUCGCAGAUACAUUUUAAUGAGCCUGAGCUUGGAAAAGCUCCACUCACCACACACGACUGUGAGCAGCAGCGUGAGCAGAAUCCUCAGAGCUGCUCACACAUUAGGAGAAGUGUCCUGCAGCUCUGCCUCACGCGUGUGGUGGAGAACUUGGAGUGGGGAGCGCGUCCCGUGUGGCAAAGCGUGAUGGAUGUUGUCCGAUUUGACAGAGAGGUCUUUGUCAUUGACGUCUGAACAGUCCCCAUGCGUCCCAGUGAAGGUCCGUACAAUGGCUCAGCCGUGUUUUCCUGUCCGCCAGCAGCUUACUAAAGUUGUACAAACCCCCUGGUCUUUUCAUGGUGCUUCAUUGGUCCGAACCUUUCAUCGAUAGACGCUUGAGCAGGGACAACGAGAGUUAAAAAAAAUUCCCACUGAAAUUUUUCUUCUGAAACAUUUUACUUUAAACAUUCGAUUUUCCCUUUUGUCGCUAACAGCAAAACCAGCACCCUGAGCCUGGCACCACCCAAGCCCGGCACCCCAGGCGGUCGCCCUCCCCUAAAUCCGGCCCUGGUGCUGGGGCAUCAGGUUCACGCAGAGUUUCACUGGCAGUAGCAGAGACAGCAGACGAGUGACAGCUCUGGGCAGACUUCCCCUUUCGCUGCUUUAUCGGCUGUUCCUUUAACGACUCAGGAUGUAAAUGUUCCCUCCAUCCCCCGUCACAGGGGCUGGAAACCGCAACCCUCCAACCCCCUCCCUGGUCCUGUCUCUGUCCCACACCACUGGGCUAAGAACAGCAUCUGCAGCGACGGGACCUGAGGAGGUUGUCCAGGCCCCUCCACUCUCAUGCUCCAGGCCGGGCACUGGGUCCAGCUGGGUGAAGAAGGAAUUUCUGCCCCGGUCCGUGGGAGAGGGUCGCUCCAUUGGUGGCACUGUGUGUGUGUAUGUGCGUGUGUGUUUUGUGACCUCCUCUGCUCUGAGCUGCGGCUCCAGGGAGGCUACACGGGCCUGUUGGAAAAGGUUGGGGCAGCCUGGGCACCUCUUGACACCUCCUGAGAUUCCCCCUGUUCCCAGCUGGUCCCCAGACUGGGCAAUUCCCAUGUGGGGCUGGGAGGUGAUGGCUGGGGGGGACCAGGCAACUGCAGGAGGGGAAGUGGUUUGCUGAGCAUUGCAGGGAUCUGGCUUUGCUCUGACCGUGGUAGAUUUGGCCUGGAGAUUGCAGAGAAACCACCUGAUGGAGAUGACCGCAUCACGGGCUUCCUGGGGCUGCAGCCCCCGGCGCAUUUCCUUACUCCACUCAAGCUCGGUGUAGCGUUGGUGGCAGCACUAAGGGGCCCCCCACUGCCCCAUCAUGGCAUCUGCUCUUACCGUCCUCCUCCUCGGCUGCUGGCUGGCCGGGCAGAGCGGGGCGUCGGGAGAGGGGCCCUACCCCAAACCCUCCAUCUCCGUCAGCCCCAGUGGGGUGAUCCCCGUGGGGGGGAAAGUCACCAUCCGGUGUCGCCAUCAGCUCCUGGACAUGAGGAUCCUCCUCUACAAGGAUGAAGAUGAGAAUUAUCUGACUUACACAGACCCUGCCGGCUCUGAGGCUGAAUUUCCCAUCACCAGCGCCAGACGGGAAGACGGGGGCAACUACACCUGUCGUUAUACCGAUAGAACAGGAGAAGUUGCCUACUCGGAGCCCAGUGACCCUGUGCAGAUCGUUGUAGCAGGGGAAACCGACCUGACCCAGCCUGGAGCGGCGCCAGCUCCCACCCACCCGGGCAGUGCGGAGCCAGCAGGCCCUUCAGGGCGCCCGGAUUUCACCCACACCAACAUCGCUCGCCUGGGGCUGGGCGCCAUGGUCCUGCUCGUCCUGGGGCUGAUCCUGGCCGAGGCCUAUUACAGCCGCCCGAGGGGGGCGCCCCUAGGAGCCUGGAUCUGGUCCUGUGGACAAUAAAAUCUCCCUGGGGGACGAGCUGCUGCCCCUGGGAGGCUGAGAUGCCGGCACAAAACCUUCCUGCUCCCCAAACCUCCCUGCCUCAGAGAACCUGACCCCCCAACAGCUUGUUACCCAAAACUGCACCCCAGGAUCAGACCCAUGACCUCACGAACAGCAGCCCCUGUGGAGCCAGCUGGAGGAGCAGCCCCUGGAGGGUGCCGAGGUUCCACUCACUGGCCCAUUCAUUCCCUGCCCCAUCGCGCUGCGCCACGGUGAAAUGGUUCUUUCCAUCGCCGGUGCCCCCUGCAAAGCAGAGACAUUGGAUGGGACAGCGAUUCUGUGCGGCAGGGGACGGCUUUGUCUAAUCAGCAGUUUGGGAAGUUUGUCAUGGACUGCCGAAUGGAUACAUUGCCAGCUGCCUCCGGAUCCCCCAUGACUCCAUCUCCCCUAGGGGAGCCCAUUCUCGGUUCAGGAAUCCUUUCUCCCGCAGGAACCUCUCCUGGCAACGUCUCCCCAUGGUCUGUACCGCACUCAGGUCGGCCAGGGCCCUUAGGGACCUGCUCCCUCUCGCUGGGUGGGUCUGAAGCCGCAGCCCCUCUGAGCCUUGUCCCUGGACACUCCCUCCCCACCAGGGUAGGGUCCUGCGCCUCCGGUGAGGUACCCUCCCCGAUGUCAGGGCAUAGUGCUCCUCGCCGGCUCUGGCUAUGGGUCACGACUAGGGUGUUCUGGGGGUUGCUCGGCCAGUCCUCUAGGUCUCUCCCCAUCAACACCUCAGUGGGCAAAUGGUGGUGCACCCCCAUGUCCUUGGGGCCCUCCUUGGCCCCCCAUUUCAGAUGUACCCUUGUCACGGGCACCUUGAAUGGGGUCCCACGCACCCCCAUCAGGGUCAGGUAGGUGAUGGGCAUCACCGAAUCUGGGGCCACCACGUCGGGCCAGGCCAGCCUCACCUCAGUGCCAAUAUCCCAAUAUCCAUUGACCUUCCUCCCAGCCACCUCCAGGGGAACAAGGCACUCGCUCCACAGGGACAGCCCCGUGCUCACCCUGUAAACUCAGAACCUGGUGUCCGGGGCAUCCAGCCCCCCAGAGAAUCUGGCCUGGGGCCCUCCUCCCUCCUGAGCAGUUGGGAAGCUGUUAGCCCCCCUUGCCUGGGAAGCCGGCCCCUCAUCCGGAUGGGUCCCUACCCAGUUAACCAUGUGUGGGUUGGGUCUGCACAGUCUGUCCCUGAGCUUGGGGCACUGGGUCCAUAUGUGGCCUCUGGCCACAGUAAUAACAAGUCACGUUCUGUUGGUCCCCUUGAGCUGAUUGGUUGGUCCUGACUCCGGAUGUUCCCCUUGGGAGGGGUGUUCUCUACAUUCCCCCUUUGGGGGUGUGACAUUAUUGAUAUAAAUUGGGACCAUAUAGAACAUGGGUUGCAACCAAGGUCCUGUAGUGGCACCAAAUCUUAGGUAA